GCAGCUGCGAGCUCCGAGCUGGUCGCGUGGAGUUGAAACCAGAGAGAGACACAGAGGAGGUCGCUGGACUAGUUUGUUUGUUUCUUUUAUUAAAUAAAACUUAUAGAAACUCGCAGGCGAAGUUAUUUACCCGCGUCCAGUUCACAUGGUGGCAGACUUCAGACUCGGAGGUAAACACGUGUUGAUAAAAACAACAACACUUUCGAGCGUUUCGAGCUCGCUGACUUCUGCAUGGUCGCUAGCUAGCUAACAGUUAGCUUCGGAAGCUACUCGGCUAGCUGGCUAGCGAGGUCCAGCCCAAAAAAAAAAAGUUGUUUACCUCGAGUUGUGGAUGUGGUCACCCCCUGAGCUUUUCGCGUAUUUUCUCUGGGAUAAGAGAGCCAGGACUAAAACUUCACACUGGAUUUAACACCGUUCGCUGUUAGGAAACUAGCAGGAUGUCCACAGAGGUUGAGCUUAGUCAGGUCGACUCGGGUUUGACAGCGGCCAGCUCCGCGGAGAAGAAGAGCCAACAAAACAAGUCCGACCUGCAGAAAGAGCCGCAGAAAGGUUCGGAAAAGCAGCUGGCGGACGACGUGGCCAAGGGUCCGACAGACGUGCACAAGAAAUGCAAAGAAAACGAUAAAGAAAACGACCAGAGCAGCAACGCGGAGUCGACUGUGGAGACGGUGAAGAGGAAAGUUGUUGAAGCUCCUCCGCCGAAAGUCAACCCGUGGACGAAGAGGACGACGGGCAGGGUGCCGAUCAACAGCAUGAACUCGAGCUCCCACGAGAAAGAUCAACAAAACGCCCUGAAAGUCGUCCGUGCCAGCAAGCCCAGAACGAGAAAAUCCAGCAAGUCGAGUGACUUCAGUGAUAUCACAAACUGGCCCACACCUGGGGAACUGGCCAAAGAGCAGCAACAAAAUGUCCUCAACAACAACGAGAAGAAGCCCCCUUCCUCACGCAGAGAGAAGGAGAAGAGGAGGGAGCGACCCGACAGGAAGUCCGAGAGCAGCCACGACGGCGGCGAGAGCAAAGAGAACCAGGAGGCUCAGACGGACCCGCUGGGAGAGCUGCCCAAAGACGGAGACUCCAAGACGGGACAGGACGCCAAGAGCGCCGCGCUGAAGAAGAGGGGAGGAGAGGGUAACAAACGUAAGUGGGUUUCUCUGCCGCUGGAGGAAGCGUCCCGGGACGACGGUGACAAGACGCCCGGCGGGGGGCCGGCACGCUCGGACACAGAUCCCACCAGCGACUCGCCUGACCCCACGUCGCCCAAUCACACACUCCAUAAUAACAGGGCGCAUGAUAGCAGCAGCAGCAGGAGUUGGAGAAGAGAGCCGCGGGACUUUGGGGACGAUACCGGCAGCGUCCGGAGUGAGAGCGGGAGCGUUCGAGGAGGAAUACGGGGCCGGGGGAAAGGUCGUGGGCGCGGGAGAGGUCGUGGACGCGGCCGUUAUGAAUACUCUCAGAGCUUCCGGGACUCUCAGUCGUCAGACGGCGGCGUUCAGGGUUCCUCAGAGUUUGGCAGCAACAUGGUGUAUUACUACGACGACGGCAGCAAGGUCCAGAUGUACACAGUGGAUGAAAAGCUCCUGAAGGAGUACAUCAAACGACAAAUUGAGUACUACUUCAGCCUCCACAACCUGGAGCGAGACUUCUUCCUGAGGAGAAAAAUGGACGUGCAGGGCUUCCUCCCCAUCUCCCUUAUCGCCAGCUUCCACAGGGUGCAGGCUCUGACCACCGACAUCGCCCUCAUCGUCGAGGCUCUGAAGAGCAGCAAAGAGGUCGAGCUGGUGGACGACAAGAUCCGCUGUAAAUCCGACCCCGAGCGCUGGCCGAUCCCCACCCCGGCCAUCGUCGGCUCCCCUCGGACCGACUUCUCACAACUCAUCAACUGCCCCGAGUUCGUUCCUCGUCAGUCCCUCAGCUCCACAAACUCUGCUUCCUCGCCCGUGGAGAAGACUCCUCCUGACUCUGCUGAGCCCGAGGACUCCACUGACCCCGGCUCCUCCAGCCAGGAGUCGCUCCCGAGCACAGACGCCUCCAAAGGCGCCCCCCAACCCGACCCCGACGCCUGGAUCCAGGUGGAGAAACGCCAUCGACAACCCUCCGGAAAAGCAAAGGAGCGGUCUGAGGCGUCUCCACACAGCCACCAGACCCCCACUAAGGCCGAGCCCGACCAGGAGGAGCUGGACUUCUUGUUCGACGAAGAAAUGGAGCAGCUGGCGCCAAGGAAGAACAAGUUCACCGACUGGUCGGACGAGGACGACUCGGACUACGAGAUGGACGACCAGGACGUCAACAAGAUCCUGAUCGUCACCCAGACGCCCCCUUACAUCCGUAAGCACCCCAGUGGUGACCGGACGGGAAACCACGAGUCCAGAGCCAAGCUUACAACCGACCUGGCCAAAGCCAUCAACGACGGGCUGUACUACUACGAACAGGACCUGUGGAAGGAAGAGGACCAGAUCGAGUGCAGCAAGCAGGACGUGGAGAACUUCAAGAAGCUGAACGUGAUCAGUAAAGAUGAGUUUGAAACUCUCACCCCCAAAGUGCCUGUCGAGCCGAACCAGGAAGCCCCUCCGAUUCCCAUGUCAGGUUUGGCCUCAGUGGACAGCGGUGCAGAAUUGGCACGCUCUCUGCCUACGACGGUCCCAGAGUCACCCAGCUCUCACCAGCCCAGAACACCCAAAACGCCUCGCACCCCCGGACGCCAGGACCCGAACAAGACGCCACGCUUCUACCCUGUCAUGAAGGAGAGCGGAAACCUCGAUGGGCAGACGCCGAGGAAGAAGAAAACCAGCCAUAGUUCAAACCCUCCUCAGGAAGCCCACAUCGGCUGGGUGAUGGACUCCCGCGAACACCGGCCGCGCUCUGCCUCCAUCAGCAGCUCCAACGCCUCCCCAUCAGAAGGAGCCCCGCUGACAGGAAGUUACGGCUGCACCCCCCAGUCUCUGCCCAAAUUCUGGCAUCCCUCCCACGAGCUGCUGAGAGACAACGGCUUCACUCAGCAGGGAUACCACAAGUACCGCCGACGGUGCCUGAACGAGAGGAAACGGUUGGGGGUCGGCCAGUCUCAGGAGAUGAACACCCUGUUCCGAUUCUGGUCCUUCUUCCUGAGGGACAACUUCAACAGAAAGAUGUACGAGGAGUUCAAACAGAGUGCGCUGGAAGAUGCCAAAGAAAACAACAGGUACGGUCUGGAGUGCCUCUUCAGAUACUACAGCUACGGUUUGGAGAAGAGAUUCCGGUUAGAUCUGUUCAAGGACUUUCAAGAAGAGACCCUCAGAGACUUUGAGAAAGGUCAGCUGUACGGACUGGAGAAGUUCUGGGCCUUCUUGAAAUACUCUAGGAUGAAGAACCAGCCCAUCGACCCGAAGCUGCAGGAGCACCUCAAUAAAUUCAAGAACCUGGAGGACUUCAGGGUGGUGCCUCCAAUGGAGGGAGGCAGGAGGAGACGCCACUCAUCCUCGGCCGGGGAUGAAGGAAGGCGUCGGCGCCAUCCUUCCAACACUACCUCAAAACCAACGCAGGCCUCUAAAUCCUCUAAUGCCGCAGCUCAACCCGCCACCGCCACAGCCACACAGAACACACCCAAAGACAGCGCGCAGAAAGCAGCCGCGCCCGCCGCCCGGGCCGAGAAGUCUGAUCCUGGAGCCGGGAAGAAGGAAAGCGCUGCACCAAAUAAAUGAAGCUCCUCUCCUGCAGGUGUGGAGUUUGGAUAGCAGAGAUGCAGAGCGAACGCGGCGGCUGCAGCAGCUCUGGGCUCAGCGUUCGCUCUUUUCAGCAGCAAACAGUUUGGGUAUGAAGAGAGACUGAGCGUGGUUGACUUCAUUUGAUCAUUUUUAUCAUUUCAUUUUUUAAAUAGCAAAGCAAGCAAAGGCAGAGAGCUUCAUUCUGUGCGCCUCACAGCUCGUCAUAACGUUUACAAAAAAGAAAACUAAACAAAAAAAAUGCAUUCCCUGCAUUUUGCCUUUAUACUCUCUUCUCAAGAUGCCAAAAGUCUUCAACAAGUCUGUUAAUCUCCUCGAUCUGUAAACAGCUCUGGUAUUUAAAGAGCUCUCCACCUGUCACACUGUGGUUCUAGUUUGCCAAGAUUAGAGAUGCUGCAGAUAGUCGUGUGUGCCUUAAUCUGAAUCUGCAGGUAGAGGAAAAGGGGGCGAUCAGAUGCAAAAAAAAAAAAAAAAAUGCUUUUAAAAGUCUUCCAAGUUAAUUAUUUGGGGUUUGAAACUGUCAUCACUUACACGUUUUCUUUCCUUCAGAUAUAGUUUUUUUUUUUUUUAUGAGACAAUCACGUUGACCGCUACAGCUACAUAUUUGUGAAGGACUGACCCCUCCGAGGCCGCUGAGCCGAAACAAAACUCGCCCCGAUGUUUUUAACCGACAGAAAGGCAUCGCAGCUAAACGAUCAUGUUGGGUUUUUUUAAUUCAAAACCUGCAGAAAUAACGAUGAAUUCAUCUGGGAAGCUUUAAGCCCCUUUGUUUUUACACCCAGUGGUAGUAUAAUUUAUUGUUUUAUUUCUGUUUUUAUUCUCCAUUUACUUGAUUUUAAUGGAUUAGUCUUAGGUAAUCAUUGCAGUUUUUAAUGGCUUUUGCUAUUGAAUAUGAUAUAAAAAAAAAAGAAGAAAAAAAAAAGGAAAUGUUUCUGCUGGAAUUAUGGGUGUGAGCUAGCAUCGUAAAACUAGCGCGUAUUUUAGCUUGAAGUUAACUUCGUAUUAUAUUUUGAGGCUUGGUGCUCUAGAGCACUUAAAUCGUUAUCUUUCCUUUUACUUUAUAAAUGGACUUUAAAGAGUUUCAGAGUUGAAUUUAAAGAAAAAAAAAUGUAAAUACUAUAAAAAAUCAUUUGCUAUUCAGUUAUUCUUUUGAUUUUAAGAAGUGAUUUGUUUUAUCGGUAGUGUGGUUUUGAGUGUGUUUUAGCGUUGCAUGUUAAUGCCAGAGUCUUGAAUUGUAAAAUGCAAAAAAAUAUAAAAUAACAUUUGAUUGUA